AUGUCAACCACUCAGCUUCUCUCCUUCAUCCUCCCCUUCCUCCUCCCAGUAAUCGUGCACGCCCAAGCAUCUGGAAGUGGCACCACAACCCGCUACUGGGACUGUUGUAAGGCGUCUUGCGGCUGGAAUGGCAAAGCCACUCUAGCCUCAGGUUCCAACCCAGUCUCCUCCUGCGAUAUCUCCAACAAUCCGCUCUCCAACUACAACGCCGUCUCCUAUUGUGCCUCUUCUGCCGGUACCGCCUAUAUGUGUGGUUCGCAAACGCCAUGGGCCGUUUCAUCGACCCUGAGUUAUGGGUUCGCAGCCACGAGUGUUUCAGGGGGAACCGAGGCCAGUUGGUGUUGUGCUUGUUAUCAAUUGACAUUUACCAGUGGACCGGUUGCCGGGAAACAGAUGAUUGUUCAGGCGACGAAUACAGGUGGUGAUUUGGGAAGUAAUCACUUCGAUCUCGCGAUCCCCGGCGGCGGCUUCGGCAUCUUCAACGCAUGCACAAACCAAUACCCAUCCACACCAGCCUCUGCAUGGGGAGCCCAAUACGGCGGUAUAACCUCUCGCUCCCAAUGCGCAGCCUUUCCCGCCGCGCUCCAAGCAGGUUGUUACUGGCGCUUCGACUGGUUCCUCAAUGCCGAUAACCCCAACAUGUCUUUCAAACAAGUCUCGUGUCCCGCGGCUCUCACCGCCAGAAGCGGUUGUGUACGCGCUAAUGAUGGAAUCAAUGAGUCGCCCACGGGCCCAAGUGCAGUCCCCACUUGGGCGGGCUCAACGGGUGUUUCUACGCCGAUUACUACGAGCACGAGUGCUGGGGGUGGAACGACAGUAACGUCGGCUACGACGAGUGGGGCGGGUAGUGGUGGGACAGGAGUACCGGUGCUGCGUUAUGGGCAGUGUGGGGGAAUUGAUUAUUUGGGUUCUACGGCUGUGAGUUGA